AGCCAUGACAGAUUUAGACAGACUCAAACCUAGAGAGGUCACCAAGAGAAGCAGAACCAUCCACUGUGAGAAUCUCCAGCAAAGGCCCAACCAACAGAUGCCAGAGUUGGAGCGAUUCAAACCCAGGGAUAUCACCAAGAGGAGGGGCAUCAUUCACUGUGAUGAGCUGCAGUAAAGGCCCAACCAGCCAAUGCCAGAGCCAGAUAAAGCCGCCCUGGUUAAACUCUCAGCGAUUCCACGGCGGAGGGGCUCCAUCUCAUAUGAGAAGUACCAGAAGCUGAACCAGAAGAUGCCAGUCAGCACCAUCAACACAUCAUCACUGGGCAUUAUUCGUAUUGAAGACCUGGCAACUAUGGUGCCUGAAAACCCCUGAUCGAUGCCCAGUCUGAUGCCUUCAAAGAAGUCUGAGCAGUUUGCGAAGAACAACGAUGGCUCUAUCAAUGAGAAGGGCCUGGCAUCCACGCUGGACAGAGUGGGGAUCAGUAUCAGCCCAGAGGAGGUGAAGAAAGCCCUGCAGAAGGCUGACUACAACAAGGACGGCGAGGUGGGGUUCCAAGAUUUCCUGCAUGUGAUGAGGACAGCCAGCACUUCUCCAAGUGUGUGA